AUGUCCAAGGCCGGGGGUGCUACAGCGAAAGAUUCACUCCUACUUGAAUAUCCAUAUAGCUCCCCGACUUCCCUUCCAUGGGAGUCAUUUAAACGAAGACACUGGGCUGUCUGCUUAUCUUCUACGAUGGCGCUGUUCUCCGUCGUCUUUCUGAUCCCGAUAAUGCCCGGUAUGAUAGAAGAGAGAGAUGUCGUCAAAUCAUUGGAGACAGAAAUUCCUAGCCAAAUUCAAUUCAGGAAUACGUCAGCAGGUUUCUCUACCGAAUCUUCAUACCAGGCAUAUCAAUAUGCUUGGUUGGGCGGCUCACUUCCAGCCUUUACAACUCCCGAGUAUGCACUAAUGCCGUUCGAUGUCAGUGCGGUCAAGAAUCUUAGGGAGGAUGAGACCUGGACAGGGGAGUCAACCCUUUAUGAGGCGGAUCUCAAAUGUCAGAAGGCAGAUAUACCCAAGAAAGGAUGGGGAUACGUGAUUAGUAAUGGAAAUGACUGUGAAUACCACCUUGUCGACAUUGUCAAAACUUAUUACACCUUGGAAUCCAUUCCAUCGGGGGAUACUGACUUGAUGGCCGACCUGGAACAUCUCGUGGACUUUAGUUUCUAUGCUCCCUGGAAUAGUUUAUUUAUGGGCCACGAAUCCAUGACAGUAGGAGUGAGUAGGCGGAUCAUACAAGAUAUCUACACGCUCAACUCCCCAAUGCCAAAGUGCUCGAAAGAUCCUCGGUUUCUUGGCAUAUGGGGAAACCAAUAUAAUCUGACGGCAGAAGACGGCGACAGGCUUGCAGCAAACUGGACAGCUGUAUACUGCGAGCCAAGCUACUGGACACAGUCCGUCAUGGCUACUGUUCAGAUCAAAGGACAGGAUCGCAUUGUCCAAAAUGUUGACCGUGUGGGGGAAAGGAGGUCAUUGUCCGGCUUUAACGCUCCCGCCUUUGAAAAGCUCGCAGCUACUGGUCAGACAUCUGCAUUGCCGGAAGAUCUGGAUAGCAACGGAUAUUCUGUAAAUUUAGGCACCGCACCGCUCGAGUAUCCAAAUGCAAGGUACCAGCUUCUGCAGCGCUAUGGGGCUACCGAUCCGGCCUUUUCUAAUAGGGCUGAGAGUGUACCAACGGUUCAAUUGCUUACCGAAUUUGGUCUCGGUGGAUUUGCCCUCCGGAGCUAUCCCAACGAUACACUCUCGAGUUUGCUAGAUCCAGUGGAACUUGCAAAAUCUUAUAGUGAUGCUUACAAGCUUCUCUUUUCGUUUUCGUUGGCCUCCGACCUGAGAAACCUCCCGGCGUCAAAUAAUUCAAUCACAAAGAUCACCCGAGAAUUCGAAACAGAAACGUACGCUGGAAGACAAACCAAUCUUGAUGGAGAACCAAACUCUUUGUUAGAAUCAAUGCUUGCAAUUCGGACGCUAUCACAAGAUGUUACAAUGCACAAUUCCGAGUUUUGUGAUCCCCGUGUUCUAUCGGAUUCUUUGAUUCGUGCUGGCCACAAAUACCAGCUACGAUUGGUAGAAGGGGAAGGUCCUAUAAUCGAGAAGGUCACAAGCGGGAGUGCGGAUCAGAAAACAUGGUUGACUCCUGAGCAUAUCGACAACAAUGAACUUACUCCCUUCAAGCCUAAAAUUAGUUGGGAACUCAGCAGGAUCGCGGGAGUCUCCACUAAGGAUAAUGGACUUCCUACCGUGGCACCUACCAACUCUUUUGGCUAUAAGAUACUGUGGUCUUAUAUACCCACAGCACUUGGUAUGGCAAUAGAGCCAUUGCUAGUAUUAUUGGGGGCUUAUGCCUGUAUGGUUGGUCCUUAUGAGACCCUAAAAAAAGGCCUCGGACAGGCAAGGAGCUCCCGCUCACUUGUUCUCGACUAUGAUAAAUCCCCUCCUCAUUUUCAGCUAUGGCAAUCUCUCAGAGUUCGAAAUUUUGUCCUUUCUGCCCUUACUAUCGCCAUUCUUGCGGUAAACUUCCUCGCCGUUGCCCUUGGAGGACUCUUUUCCUCGUCAUCUGAACUCUUCAUGGUUACCGAUGAUUUGGACCGCUUUACUACCCCCAAGGUUGCACAAACGAUUUCAGACUAUACCAGCAACUUUGAAAGUACGCCCAUGCCGGAGAUGUACUACGUUUUGAGCGGAAAUCUCUCUUUAAACAGCUCCCUUCCCCAGUGGACCACGCCGGAAAUGUUUAUUCUGCCCUUCAACAGCACAAAGCCUUCGGAGCAGAUUGUGGAGCAACGCGGCACCACCUGGGGAUUCGGAGCAAAUAUAUCUUGCGAGUUGAUACCCGACGAGCUUUUAAUGCGCAACACGACAACCUAUGAGAUUUUUGGGUCUGGUUAUACUGUCAACACCCUUAAUAUUAGCCAUAGCUGCUGGGGAGAGGAUAUAUUUUACUUGGACGGAGAGACACCAAUAUAUAAUACAAGCCUAUUUUACUGGAACCAAGAUGGAACGCCUGCCAGCGACUUUUUCCUCAAGUCUCCAACAUGCCCUGGGACGUUUUUUGCCGGGUGGGGCGAAAUUCCGGGUGACCCGAACCCAAGUAACUUCUCACAUCCUUAUGCGCCGAAUAAUCAGACCGAAUACGUGGUCAUCUCAUGUUCCUCGAAUUUGGAGGUUUCGGAGGUCUCGGCAGUAGUUGACGGGAAAGGCAUCGUCCUUUCCUACGAUAUCCUCAAAUCGCUACCCCGAUCUGAAGGCAAAGCGUUCUUCGGAUGGGAUAACACCACAGAUCCUACUGUCGAUUAUGACACAAGCUUUCAGAGCGCCAUAGCCGCCUUUUUAACCAGAGAUGGGGAGUGGAAAGUUUCCGGCAGUAUAUUAAGAGUAGGCAGUGACAAUACCUUCCUGAGUCCUUACACAUUGAGGUGGAUAAACUAUCUUAUGGUUGAAAAAAACCCACUUGUCCGUCGCCACCUGACAAAUGUCACGCAUAUACCCGAUAAAGAAAAUGUCGUACAAGCAUUCACGGAUGUUUACAAAGCCCUCUAUUCAAUCAACCUCCAGCUCUACUCCGAUAAAUACAUUGAGUUUGGCGCCACAGAAAAGACUAUCGGAACAUCGUUUGUCAGCAAAGAGCGUGUCACACUUUCACGUUCCAUGUUUGGAAUGGCAACAGGAAUCCUGACAUACUUCCUGAUUGUCAUUAUAUAUGUAUACUGGUCUCGUCCAGGUGCUAACCUGAGCCAUAUGCCUACAACAUUGGCAGCGACUCACACGUUAUUAUACGCAAGCAAUGCGCUGGAGGAUUGUGCCCGUCUUUACGGAGAAAGGUUUUUUGUUGGGUGGGAUCGUAAGCAACAUUACGGUGUUCACAAGGAGUCCUCCACCGAGACCUCAAGCCCUAGAACUUACGAGGACGUGAAGCCUGGGGAGAGUCAGUUCCUGAUGAAGGUGGAAGUUACUGAAUAUAUUGCUCCUCCUUCGUAG